AAAAAAAGUGAUAAGUAUCUAAUAUGGACUCAUAUUGGAGCCUUGUUAGUACCACCAAUGACUGGACUCGCUACAGAAAAGGAAUUUUACCGUUUGCGACAGAAAUUUGGAAAAGAAAACUGAAAGAUUCUGCAGUCGCAAGCAUGAUCUGGUGCAGGUGGAAAUGAUACUGCAUAUAAGUCAAAUUGGAUAUUAUAUAAUGAUUUAAUGUUUCUUGUUGACCACAUUCAACCUAGACAAACAACAUCAAACUACCGGCAUUCUAAACCUAUACAUAACAAGGCUUCGAAUUUAUUAAAUUCAUUAGCCUCACAGCGACUUAUUUCAACACCACCAUGUACAUCAUCACAAAGUAAUUCUGAUAACAGCUCAGAUGUAUUGAAUAUGUUUGAAUUCUUUACAGAAUCUUCAAGUAAGGAUGAAGAGAUGUUCUCUAAAGUGAAUUCUAAGGACUCAUCAAGUACACUUGCUUCAAGCAAUUUAUCGAUUUUGUCAGACAAUGUUCUGCAAGUGUAUUGAAAGCUGCAGCCUCUAAAAUUGUUCCCAAGAAACAAACAUCAUCAGAUAUUAAGAAGAGAAAACGUGACUUAACUGAUGAAGAAGAUGCAAUAAUGCUACAAUCUUCCAAGAAUAUUUCUUCGCUGGCCAAUACAUUGGAGACUGUGCUAAAGAAUUCAACAUCAAAGCAGCUGGCUGUAUCUGAAGUGACUUCUGAAGUACAAACCAUGA